GACUCCGAGAUAACAAAGAUCCGGGCACUUAAGAGCGUGUGUGCGUAUGUGUGUGACCUGCGCAUGCGUACCUCUCACACUUACAAACGACAGUUUUCUGAGGGAGUAAACGAUGGUGUCGGCUUAAAAGCGUCGCGAAAGUACCAAAUGCAAUCGUCAGCAUCUUGGCUCAAUUUGGGAAGAGGGAGGUCUGGCGGCUGCCUUAGUUGAUACAUUUGUCUGUUUUAUUCUCCCUCUUAGAACUUUUGAUGUACAGCCGCUGCCAAGAUGGAGCUCAGAGUUGGUAAUAAAUACCGUCUUGGUCGAAAGAUAGGCAGUGGCUCUUUCGGAGAUAUAUAUUUAGGUACUGAUAUAUCUAAUGGUGAGGAAGUGGCAAUCAAAUUAGAAUGUGUGAAAACAAAACACCCACAGCUACACAUAGAAAGCAAAAUCUACAAAAUGAUGCAAGGUGGAGUAGGAAUUCCCACAAUCAAAUGGGGUGGUGCUGAAGGCGAUUACAAUGUCAUGGUCAUGGAGCUUCUUGGUCCCAGUCUUGAAGAUCUAUUUAAUUUCUGUUCAAGAAAAUUCAGUCCAAAAACUGUGCUUUUGCUUGCAGAUCAGUUGAUAAGUCGGAUUGAGUACAUUCAUUCAAAGAAUUUCAUCCAUCGAGAUGUCAAACCAGAUAAUUUUCUCAUGGGAUUAGGGAAAAAGGGAAAUUUAGUAUAUAUUAUUGACUUUGGACUUGCUAAAAAGUACAGGGAUCCAAGGUCUCACCAACAUAUUUCUUAUCGAGAAAAUAAAAACUUAACUGGCACAGCAAGAUAUGCUAGUAUAAACACACAUUUAGGAAUAGAGCAAAGUAGACGAGAUGACAUGGAAUCAUUAGGAUAUGUUUUCAUGUAUUUUUUGAGAGGAAGCUUGCCAUGGCAGGGAUUGAAAGCAGCAACCAAACGACAAAAAUAUGAAAGAAUUAGUGAAAAGAAAAUGUCAACACCUAUUGAAGAGCUUUGUAAAGGAUUUCCUUCGGAAUUUGCAACAUACUUAAAUUUCUGUCGGUCCUUACGGUUUGACGAUAAACCAGAUUAUUCCUAUUUGAGGCAGCUAUUUAGAAAUCUCUUCCAUCGUCAAGGAUUUACUUAUGAUUAUGUCUUUGACUGGAACUUGCUAAAAUUUGGAGGUAGGUCAAAUGAUGAUUUUGAUAGAGAUCGCAAAAUGUACAGCUCGACAGCUAGAGGAUUACAAGGUACGACCACUGCUGGCCGUAUGCGAUCUGAUCAAGUAGCUGUUGCAGCCUCCCCCAGUGGCGAUUAUGGCAUGUCUGGAACACGACCUGGGACACGAGAGCGAGAAAAACGCAGUAGCAGCAGACUACAUCGGGGUCUCCCCACUAGCACUGAGGUUAACAAGGAUCAAAUUAGAGUUCCAAAUAAUCCUGUUCAAUCAAAUAUGAUUCCACCAUCAGCACAAAUUAAUUCAGGACUUCGACGAGGCAGUGCUUCCAAAGAUGAGACAACUGGACGUUCAACUUCUUCGAGACACUUGCGCAAAUAAAAAUAAUUAAAAAAACAAACAAUUACAAUGAAUAAAAUUAAGAGAAAAAAAAGCUGCUGGUCAGAAGUGUGUGUGUCUGUGUGUUUGUAUGUGUGUGUGACUGUAUGUAUGUUUGUGUGUGUGUGUGACUGAGCAUUUGUUGCCACUUGUCUCUGCAGACCACUUGUCACACAUCACUAUUAUUACUACUACUACUACCACCACCACAACCACCACCAUGAUAUUGAAUGGUGGUCGUUGUUAUAAGACAGCCAUAAUAGCUCCACUGAAGCUGCCAGAUCAAUUUUAUACACACACACACACACACAUGCACACAUGACUGCUUGUCUUAAUGUCAGAUGUGCACUGUACGCCUACCUAUCACAACCACUUUGCAACCUUUCUUUAAUUUCUAAGGGUUUUUUUGUUUUUUUUCUUUUAACUGAAUUAAUCAUCUUAGCAGCUCUUGGGUUCUAGGUUUUAGGCACAGUUAGAUUUAGGGAAAAAUGAAUUGGUGUGGGUGAUGAUUACUACUACUACUACUACUACUACAGUGCUAAGAAGAGUUACGAAAUGCUUGUUCUGCAUUGAAACCAACAGACAGAACUUUAGGAAUUGUGGUACCCUUGUUCAUUCUGUUCAAGUUGACAUCCUGACUGUUUCUUGUAUUACUGCUGCAAUUGAACUUUCUUCUGCCGUUCUCUAGGAUUUAAAGUUUUCUAGGAGCAACAAAUGCAAACAGUAGGUGCCACAUUAUGUUUUGGACAUUUUUGGAAUUUAUUAUUCCCCAGAAACCAAUUGAAGACGACAAGUAGUAAUGUGCAAAAGAAAACCAAAACCUCAUAUUGCUAAGUCCCUUACAUUUGACACGUUCAUCAUUUUGUAUAUAUUAAGCUAUUGUUUUUUCCCAAGCAAGGAAUUUUAUAGUUAAAUAUACUUUGCCUUAUUUUUUUCCAAAAUUUUUUUCUUUCUUCUACUGUCUGGUCCAUUCCAAAAGAAGCUUCAAAGCCAUUCUUGAAAGAAGCUGUCUCUCUUCUGUUUAAUACCAUGUUCCAAAGAAGAAGAAAAAAAGAAAAAAUUGUUUUAAUAACAGAUAUGUUAUUUGCUUGUGAUUGGAGUCUUUUCAGCAUUGUAUCACCAAAGAUGGCCAGUUGGCCAUCUCAGUGUUUUAUGUAUAUUAGAGAAAAAUUUCCAAGUUACCACCCCCCAGCCCUUAACCCAUUCCCCCACCCUUCCACUGUCAUUUUCGGCUUUGUAGAUCUGUCCCCCCAGCCCCUUUAUAUCACUUUCCUGAUUUUAAUUGUUGCAUUUCAUGGAAUCUUAAACUUGUUUCCUUCUUUAAAAA